CUUUCUCCAUGGUCGCCUUCUGCCCGCGCCCAAGGCUCAUGUAGAAUAUUUAAGAUGGUGCUUCCAGGACAGUGGGAACCAUUGCUCUGCAUCAAGAUAACCAAGUUGACUUAACUCGAGACAACCAACACCCAUCGUCUAUCUACACCAUCAUCAAGCUCAGCAGAACAAAACACACGCAAUGGCCACCGCGACCCAGGCUCCCGCUGCUAUUCCCUAUCUGGCCGCGCACAGCACGACCCCAGCUGCAGAAACAACCGCUGUGAAGCCCGAGCCCUCCGGGCCUCGCAGAUUGUUCCGCCAGGACGGCCUCGUCUACGGCGACUGGCGCGAUGACAUAAUUCGAGACGGUUAUACAGUGGUCAAGGGUGCGGUCCCCCGGGACCGUGCCGAUGGCUAUGCAGACGAAAUGAUGUCGUGGAUUGAGAACUUCGCCGGUGGCCUUGGUUUCAAGCGCGAUGACCCCUCUACCGUCGUCGAGUCCAAAAUGCCCAUCAUCAACGAGAAGGGCAUGUGUCUCGGCUACGGCGUGGCGCACGAGACAUUUGCUUGGGCAGUACGCCAGGAACCAGGCGUCGUUGAGGCCUUUGAGAAGGCGUACGACACCAAGGACCUCAUCGUCUCCUUUGACGGUUCCAACAUGGCAUUCCCCAACCGCAAAGAUCUCAAGCCAAACACGCCUUGGCCGCAUCAAGACCAAGACCCCGCGAAGCCUGGUUUCCGUUGCUUGCAAGGGCUCGUGAACCUGCUCCCCAACGGUGACAACGAUGGCGGCUUGAUCGUCUGCAAGGGCGCCCAUCUCCUCAGCGAGGAGUUCCACGAGGAGUUCAAGAGCGAGCCGAACAAGAUCUGGGCGUGGACCAAAGAAUGGUACGGCUUUACCAAGGAGGGCAUGGAGUGGCUCAAGAAGAAAGGCUGUGAAUGGGUCAAGAUCAACGCUGAGCCAGGCGACCUCCUCUUGUGGGACAGCCGCACUCCUCACUACAACCUCAGCCCAACCGGCGAGAGACCUCGCUUCUGCAUCUACACCUGCUACAUGCCCGUCACAGAGGCGACAGAGGAGGACCUUGUUCGCAAGAAGGACGCAUUCUACACCACUCAGAGCACCACUCACUGGCCCAACGCCAUGCAUGUUGGUGGCCUUCCGAUUAUCCGCAAUGGAGAGCCCUGCCCGUACAAUACAGGGAAGCCAAGGCAGCCUGUGAAGCUCUCGGAGCGCGGAUUUAAAUUGACGGGCAUUCCUUACGUUGGAACCCUGUCCUCUUGAGCGUCGCCUUGCAUUAUUUAGUGCAGGCGAACUGCUCUUACCAACUGCGUCUGUUUUGGUGCCCAUUUUUGUUACCAUCACCUCGGCUUCCGAGGAACCAUCAAUCGUUUCUAUAGUGCCAGUUGACUCGAGAUUGAAUAAAACAUAUUGACAGAUUGAGA